AGGGCGGCAGUCAGAAACAAGCAAACUAAUUCUCACCGAAGAACAGACAGUCGUGCCAGAGCGCAGGCUGCGGUUACUUCACCUCUCUGACGCUCUCUUGUACGUCAGCAAAAUAGGUUAUUACCAUUAUUUUUUUUUCUUUUUUAUCCCCAACUCGACUCCUAGGUACCAAGUCGGACCAGAGUUUCCAUUUUGGAUAGUGGGGGGCUGCAGAACACACGCACCCACACUUCUCCAGAGCCGCGACAAGUCAAGGUGAAUGACGUCAUGCCAUUUGGGUGCCUUGCCCUGCGAGAUGGGCGGAAUUACAAUAACAUCGCUGAUGUCACAGACAAAUAUGAGAUUGGACAGGUCCUCCGAGCGAAGGAGUUCUGCGAGCUGUGCCUGGCUAAGGACAGACAAACAGACAAGGUGUUUGUCUGCAAGAAAUUCCUCAAGAAAGACGGCAGGAAAGUCCGCAAGGCUGCCAAGAACGAAAUCAUGAUCCUGAAAUUGGUCAACCACCCAAACAUCCUCCAGCUGAUCGACACGUUCGAGACCCGGAAAGAAUACUUCAUCAUUCAGGAACUUGCCACAGGAGGAGACGUAUUCGACUGGAUUCUCGACCAGGGGAAUUACACAGAGAGAGACGCUUCCAAUGUCAUCAGACAAGUCCUUGAGGCUGUGGCUUACUUACACUCCCUCAACAUAGUUCACAGGAACCUGAAGCUGGAAAACCUGAUGUACUACACAGAAAACAACCACAACAAAGUAGUUCUGCGAGAUUUCUACCUGUCCAGGUUUGAGAACGGAGCCAUCACGGAGCCUUGUGGAACACCGGAGUACCUGGCUCCUGAAGUGGUGGCUCGCCACCGAUAUGGUCGUCCUGUGGACUGCUGGGCUGUGGGUGUUAUUAUGUUCAUACUUUUAUCAGGUAACCCUCCUUUCUACGAUGAGACAGAGGAGGAGAACACAGAUCUACAUAAUCGCAUCAUCUUCUGCCGCAUUGUUGCUGGGGAGUUUGAGUUUGACUCUCCUCACUGGGAUGACAUUUCCCCUGCAGCCAAGGAACUGGUCUGUCGACUAAUGGAGGUGGACCAGAUGCUGAGAAUCACAGCACAAGAUGCACUUUGGCAUGAAUGGAUUGCAGGUAAUGGUGCAUCAGAGAAGAACCUAAAGGACGGCGUGUGUGCCCAGUUUGAGAAGAACUUUGCCAAGGCCAAGUGGCGGGAGUUAAAGAAAGCAAUCCGUGUGACCACCUUCAUGCAACGACUGAAGAAUUCAGAGGCAUUAACUGACAGUUCAGCUGAAGCUCAGGGCAGUGAAGAGGCAGGAGAUGGUGAAGGAGGUGUGUCUCAGGGUACAAGUGAGGAGGGAGACAAAGGUGAUGGAGGCGUGACGUCAAGUAGUGUGUCUUUAGAGGUUACUGUUGAAAACACCCCCGCAGCUAUGGACCAGGAGGAGGGGCGGAGUAAUCUAGGCGAAAAACAGGAGGAAAUAAAGAUGACUGUCGGCCCGUCUGUUGGAACUUCCCCAUCAGAUAUUCAGGACCCUCUAUGCCACUCGAAUACAGCUACCAAACUCACACAAGAGGAGUCUGAUAUGGUUGGUGCAAAGAAAGCAGCAGGUGAUGGAACCAGGAAAAUGGCUGCCAAUUUUGGGCAAAAUAAAUUUGUCCCAGAAUCCAAACCAACCCCUGCGCCGAUGCACGACCCCACCAAGCUGUCAGACGGUUCUUCGGGAACCAAUCUUGACAAAAAGCACACAUCCGCGUCCCCUGAUCCCAGCAGCAAACGUAAAAUGGCUGCUACGCUCCAUGGCCCUCCACCCACAGCGUCUGCUGAUGCCACAGCCUCAUCAGAGAAGAAACAAGCCCCACAGAAGCAAAAGAAGGAUGAGAUGGACAGAAGCUGGUGUCAGACACAAGUACCCGAGGCCGUGGCAGAACGGUCAGUGGCAGCAUCACUCACUCCAGCAAUAGGGCCUGGAGCUGAGGUGGAUAUAGGACUGGGAGUUAGGUUAAGAGGUGAUGGUAGCCCUGUUAUUAGUGGGGAUAGGGAUUCCAGGAAAACAGACAGAUACAGUGCAGAGUUUAGCAUAGCCAGGGCAGGGCCUGCAACAGGGCGGGGUUGUUAUGCGGUAGGAAGUUCUGCUAGUUUGGGCCGUCAUGCCACACCAUACAACCCAGAGGUCGGAACUGUAGGGAUGGGGAUGGCAGGGAGCUUCGGGAGUCCAUACAGCUCCCUGUAUACAAGUGGCGCAGGGAUAGGUUUCUAUGGAACUGGGCUACAGCAUGGAGGUGGUGGGAGCAGCACCACAAGCGACUGGCAAAUGGACAGUGUGAUAGAGCAGAUAGAAAAGCAAAUGGCAGCCGUGCUGGAGAAGAUUGAGGGAGACAUGCCUUCACUGCUCGAGCAAAUCAGUGACUGCCCCGCCGAACAACCGCGUGCCCGGAGCACACACGCCUCACCUGCCACCUCCCGCGCACAACACGCCUCACCUGCAACUUCGGCCACGCCGCCGCCUCUUCCCACCUCUCCCAGGCCCACCCUGCCAUCUCUCCCUCACCUCACUAUCCCUCCUCCCUCCUAUCCCCCACCUUCUCCACCCACACAAGCCUCACCCCAGGCUGCAGGAGAGCAGGAAGACAGGGAUGGACGUAAGAGCGCCGCUUGUUCCAGCCAGUCUCCCAGAUCUGAGAUGGGCAGGGGUCUAUGAAGCUGGUGUGCAUGAGGCAAUGUGCAACACAUGGAGGGUUCAAUGACUCUCUCACCCAGAAGUAUUAUCCCGUUUGCCCACCAGAAGAAAGUGAUAAUGUUGUUUGGCUUGGCUGUUUAUUCAUAUUGAGAUGACUGGUUAAGAGAAAUCUACCUAGGGCAUUCCACUAACUGUGGUUUAAGGAGAGUAGACUACUGUAUUUGUCUUCAUGACAGCUGCAAAGACCAAGAUUGAGUUUGUUUGCACCUCAAAUACAGAUUUUGUGCGUGAGUGCUCACCACACAAUCACUUCACAAUGGCAUCCGAGCACGAAAUAACAAGUCUACUGAAAUAAAACAGUGUGGUACAAUUCUCAGCUAACAAUGCGAGUUAACAGCUGAGCGAGUAUUUUGAUUUUGCAUUAUCCCUAGAAAAUGUAAAUACAUACAAAAAUGGGUCCCUAGUUCUUGCUCUGCUCACAUGUUGUGACCUUCCUUAUAUUUAAACAACCUUUUUUUUUCAAAUGAGCUCGUCCCUUUUCAUUUUAUUUUUGCAUUCCUGUUGAUUUAUAUAACUAUUCCUACUGUAUUGAGGCUGCAAAAUCCUGAGCUUGCAGUCGCACAUUUGUCAGACGUAAGUGAUACUAAACUGAGGAAGCAUUUCCACUGGCUGCUUAAACUUGAACUAUCACUCAAAGUCUUGUGAGUUGCUCCACACAUCUUGGAGAGUGGGGGACAAAAUGUUUAGAUGCAAGAUAUUGUAUAAAGGCUUUGCAAUAAAACACACACGAACGCAUGCACGCAUGCACACACGCACACACGCACAGAUACAAAUAAACACUUUUCUUUUUUACCAGAGUUCUCCAAAAAGCCCAGACCAGAAAGCUUGUUUUUCGUCAACACAUUCAUUUGGCUCUGUUAGAUCGGACAGUGUCGUCGAUAUUUGCUCCUUUUUGUUGUGUGAAAAAAAAAAAUCUUCCUGAAUUUUAUCUGCUUUUGAAUCUCUGUGAUACCAGUUUCUGUGCUUUUUCCUCCUCAAAGUGUCCACACAUCCACUAUCAUGACCCCUAAGUAAUCUGUGCUGUUUGCAAGUCUUUCAAUAAAAUGUAAAAAAAAAAA